AAUCCCGUUUUAAAUAUACUUUUAAAUAAAAUAAAAUUGAAAAUUUUAAAUCAAAUUUAAAACAACAAGCAAACACAAAAUUUUGUACAUUUCGAAAAUUUAUUAGAUGGGCCUACUAUAAGAAAAGAAAGAGGCCCAAAUAAAAGCCUAUAGUUCAUACCAAAGCCUGCUUUUAGACUCUUCCAGAUCUCCUCCAAAAACAAUGCUAUCUUCUUCUCCCAUCUCCUCCGCCUUUACCCACCCACGCGCCGCCGCGUUAGCCACCACCUCCGGCGUAUCGAUUCCCCAUUCCUCCACCAGAAAAUUCCACCCUACCAACGUAAUCUUAUCCUACUUUCCACCUUCCUCGACGACACUACUCCUAUCUUCUUCCUCCUCACGUAGAUGUUUCACCCGCGACGAUGAAAGUGAAACCGAUGAAGAUGAUUAUUUGGUUGAUUGCUUGACAGAUGCGAAGACGGAGGAAUUGGUUGUAGGCGACGAUGGGGUUCUCAUUGAGGUGAAGAAGCUCGAGAAGAGCUCGCGUCGUAUCCGUUCCAAGAUCGGUAUGGAAGCGAGCCUCGACGCAGUGUGGAGCGUGUUGACUGAUUACGAGAAGCUGUCGGAUUUCAUACCGGGCCUUGUCGUUAGCGAGUUGGUCGAGAAGGAAGGGAACCGUGUUCGUCUUUUCCAGAUGGGCCAGCAGAACUUAGCAUUGGGUCUUAAGUUCAAUGCGAAAGCUGUUUUAGAUUGUUUCGAGAAGGAGCUUGAGAUUCUACCAAAUGGGAGGAGACGUGAAAUCGACUUUAAGAUGGUCGAAGGAGAUUUUCAGUUGUUUGAAGGCAAAUGGUCCAUUGAACAAUUAGACAAGGGGAUUCAAGGGGAGGCUUUGGAUCUACAGUUUAAAGAUUUUCCGACAACGCUUGCAUACACUGUAGAUGUAAAACCAAAGAUGUGGUUACCAGUGCGUCUUGUGGAAGGAAGAUUGUGCAGAGAGAUAAAGACAAACCUCUUGAGUAUUCGAGAUACAGCUCAGAAAGUCAUUGAAGGUGUUAUUCAUGAUCUUUGAGAUACGAUUUAAUAUAGCCUAUUAUAGGUUUUUGUUUUGUAUGAUUUAUAAAAGCUUAUGUAAUUGGCUUUACAUACUACACGUUUUUCUCACUUGUAUACGCUGAUCGUCUUUGAAUAUACCAAGUCUUUCCGACA